UCGUGGUAGAUAUGGGGACAUCACAUGGCAAUUAUACAACCUCAAAAAUUUCAGAAAAAAGAGUUAAUACAUCAUAACUUUUGCCUUAAAAGAUAUUUGAAAGUGGAGAUAAGGUCCACUCCUUUUUUUUUUUUGGCUCGAAACUCAUCAUUUCUGUAUUGGUUGUAGUAGUAUAUAUUUGAGUGUUUGAGAAUUUGAGAGUUAGAAAGUCCCUUUCUUGUAUUUUCAGUCACUAAUCAGAUCAAAGACUUCAUUUUUAUGUGGUUCUUUUUUAUCCACUCAAUUAAUUGCUGCCUUAUUCAACAUACAUAAACUCUUGCCACUAGAUAUAAAAAGCUCAUCCAAGAGUUCAAUUCUUGGUGUAAAGUUCAGUAUUCUGUUCUUCGCUGUCAAUUGGUUUAUUGAAAGAAGCAAACUUGAGGUUCAGUUCUUGAUUUAAAGGCAAAAUCUUGUUAAGUGAGUAUUAAAAGGAUGAUGUCUGUUACUGGCCAUAAUCUUGAAAUUGGGAGAACUCCAUUGGAUUUUGUUGCUUGUGGGUGUUCUUCUAAUGCUGCUUCAGUUAACAGGAUUUCAAAGGGUAUUUUAAGGAAUGUAAAUAGAGGAGGAUUCAAUGGUCGGAAAAUGUUGUCUUGCAGACAGUUCUCAACUAAGGCUUCACUUACUGGGGUGGCGCCAGUGUUGGAUUUGAAUAAGUCAGCAAAACCUAUUUCACUGACUAAUGUUUUUGAAGUGGUUGCUGAUGACCUCCUAAUACUAAACAGGAACUUGCAGAAUAUUGUCGGUGCAGACAAUCCAGUUCUGAUGUCUGCAGCUGAGCAGAUUUUUGGUGCUGGUGGGAAAAGGGUGAGACCUGCUUUAGUGUUCCUAGUCUCGAGGGCCACAGCAGAAAUUUCUGGCUUAAAGGAACUCACCACAGAACACAGAAGGUUAGCUGAAAUCAUUGAAAUGAUCCAUACAGCAAGCUUGAUACAUGAUGAUGUGUUAGAUGAAAGUGACAUACGAAGAGGAAAAGAGACGGUUCACCAAUUAUAUGGUACUAGAGUGGCAGUACUGGCUGGUGAUUUUAUGUUUGCACAGUCGUCCUGGUACCUAGCUAACCUUGAAAACCUUGAAGUAAUAAAGCUCAUCAGUCAGGUUAUUAAAGACUUUGCAAGCGGUGAAAUAAAACAGGCCUCUAAUUUGUUUGACUGUGAUGUUGGACUGGAGGAAUAUUUGCUGAAGAGUUACUAUAAAACGGCAUCCUUGAUUGCUGCAAGCACUAAAGGAGCUGCCAUUUUCAGCAGUGUUGGCAGUGAUACAAGUGAACAGAUGUUCCAAUAUGGGAAGAAUCUUGGUUUAUCGUUCCAGAUUGUUGAUGACAUAUUGGAUUUCACUCAAUCAGCAGAACAAUUGGGAAAGCCAGCUGGAAGUGACUUGGCCAAGGGAAACCUUACUGCACCAGUACUCUUUGCAUUAGAGAAAGAGCCAAAACUUAAGAAUAUAAUCGAAUCAGAAUUUCACGAUGCUGGUUCUCUUGAGGAGGCCAUUAAUCUGGUCAAGACCAGCGGGGGAAUUCAGCGGGCACAAGAUUUGGCAAAGGAGAAAGCUGAUUUAGCACUGCAGAACUUAAAAUGCCUUCCAUCUAGUCCUUUCCGAGCAGCACUUGAGGAAAUUGUGAAGUAUAAUCUGGAGAGAAUUGAAUAGAUGAAAAGUCCUUUCCGAAAACACAGUAUACACCUUUGCAUUAUUAUUCUCUAGAAGCUCUUAUAUCUAACAAUAUCUGAGGCAUAGAGUUGAAGCCAGUACUAUAGUUUCAAUAGGACAGCUACCAGGACUAAAGUGCUUCCCUAUGCUCAUAUCAUAUACUCAUACAGGUUGUAAUUUUUAGCUCCGAAUACAGCAAUAUGGAGUUCCAGCAUUCUUUAGAAUUUGGCUGAUGAACUGUCAAAUUCAAACUGUUGUUGUACACUGGAUAAAUUCCACAUUGCUAAUAAUGUCAUGUACUACUAUUUACUCUUG